AUGCAAAAGCUCGGCGCGAGGUUUGCCGCAACCGGUAGGUACCGCAAUAGUCCCCGGCUCGGGCCGGCACGGGCCGAGGUGGGAGGUGGGAGGUGGGGGGUCCGUUGCGAGCAUCCUGACAUCCUGGGCCGCAUGCGCAGUUGGACGGAGGAGAUGUGUGUAACACAGGUUGUAUCUUUCACUACGUGGGAGCGGCAGGUGUUGCUGCAAAGUGGCCGAAUCAGUGCGCCGGGCAACCAGCGAGAGAACAAGUUUCUAUAG